AUGGCGCCUCCCCCAAGCAAUGAGCAGAUUAUAGAAGAGGCAAAGAAGGUAGCAAAGGACAACCCAGCAGAAUCAGAGAAACUGUACAAACAAGUCUUAUCUCAGCAACCAGGAGCGAACGAGACAGCGUCCCGCGACUAUGAAAAUGCACUUCUAGGUCUCGGCGAACUAUACAAGACACAUAAGAAACAGAAAGAACUGGCUGAGCUUGUUAGGACGAGCAGCACAACUCUAUCUUCCUUUGCCAAAGCCAAAACUGCAAAAUUAAUCAGACAAUUACUUGACCUCUUCGCCGACAUUCCGAACUCUCUUGAGAACCAGAUCAGCACAACCAAGUCAUGUAUAGAAUGGGCCGUUGAAGAGAAGCGAGCUUUCCUGCGGCAAAACCUGGAGACACGGCUGGUCAGUCUCUACAUGCAAAAGCAAGCCUACUACGAUGCUCUGACUUUAAUCAAUGGACUUCUGAAAGAGUUGAAACGACUGGACGACAAGUUGACUUUGGUCGAAGUGCAACUGCUCGAGUCGAGAGUUUACCAUGCUCUAACAAAUCAGCCGAAAGCGAGAGCAGCUUUGACCUCAGCAAGAACAUCAGCAGCUUCUGUCUACACGCCUCCACUUCUGCAAGCCGGUCUGGACAUGCAGAGUGGGAUGUUGCAUGCCGAAGAUCAAGAUUUCAAUACUGCCUUCUCGUACUUCAUUGAGGCACUAGAAGGCUACCACUCACAAGACGAUACGCCCCGAGCUUCUGCUGCUCUACAGUACAUGCUGCUGUGCAAAAUCAUGUUGAAUCUGGUCGACGAUGUUAAUACUCUCCUAGCCUCGAAACAAGCACAGAGAUAUCAGGGUAAGAAGAUGGAAGCAAUGAAAGCAGUUGCUCGAGCGCAUUCCAACCGAUCAUUAGAAGAUUAUGAACAAGCUCUGUCCGAUUACAGACAAGAGUUGGGCAGCGAUGUCUUUAUUCGCAACCAUCUGCGCAGAUUGUACGACAACAUGUUGGAACAUAAUCUUAUCAAGGUUAUUGAGCCAUUCAGCAGAGUCGAGAUCGAUCACGUUGCGAAAAUGGUUGGUCUGGACACUGUGCAAGUGGAACGAAAACUGUCACAGAUGAUUCUGGACAAGGUCAUUAUCGGUGUGCUCGACCAAGGAGCUGGUUGCUUGAUUGUGUACGAAGAGACGGAAAGAGACGUGGGAUAUGAUGCGGCUCUGGCUACGAUUGACAAGCUGAGCAACGUCGUCGAUGUACUGUAUACCAACCAGGCGUCUAAUCUGGAGUAG